AUGUCUUCUUUCAAGGUCCUUAUCCCCGAUGCGAAAUACAGAAUUGUUUAAACAAAUCCCCUGUUUUCUUUCCCCCCUCACUUUAAACCCCCUACAGAAACCAACUAACAGCAAAGUUUCCCACGCUAGCAAUAACAUCAGACCUCACAGGUUCACCUCCGAACUACGCAUUCAGAACGGCGGCACUCGAAGAAUUCGCCGCAGCAUUAUGGACUGUAGUGGAUGCUUUAGCACUCUCAACAACAGUGUGGGCAAUGGUUUAG